AUGGUUACGAACGUUUACGUCUCGGCAGUGACGCAGGACAAUAUUUCCCGUCAUGAGCUCCUCGCCUGGGUGAAUAAUCUUCUGAAGGCUAAUUUCUCGAAAAUAGAAGAAAUGAGCACGGGUGCUGCCUAUUGUCAACUUACACAUCUAUUGUUUCGAGAUUCUAUAAGUCUUCGUAAAGUGAAAUGGAACAGUCGUAACGAAAUGGACCAUAUCAACAAUUGGAAGAUACUCGGCACCGCUUGGAAAGCGCUCGGGGUUGACAAGCCUGUACUUGUGGAACGACUGACGAAAGCCAAAUUCCAAGACAACUUUGAAUUUCUUCAAUGGUUCUUCAAAUUUUUCAACGCCAACUAUGUGGACGAGUGCGAGGAAUAUGAUGCAUUAGCUGCUCGAGGAGGCGAAACAUCACUUUUGUUAACGCUAUCACUCAGUUUUAACCUCAACUCUUACCCUCGUCCAUCAAAUGCAGCAUAUUUUGUUGCAACACCUCACUCCAAAAUAAUUCUGAUUUCAAUGAUUAGAAUACAAAAAUGCGAACUAUUUUCCAAUUCUAAUAUUACGUUUUUUUUUUGUUUUUUAGACCCCGGAAUCUUUAUGCUCUUGAUUGAUUUCCAUGCUUCGCCUUAA